AUGUAUUGCAGGUUUCUGGAUCUUCCAUCAGAGCUGCGCAACCGCAUCUACGAGACCGUUGCGGCAGGCAACGACGAGCCGCUGGCUAUAUCCAAACUAUGUUCUGGAGAAGGCGGCAACUAUGCGGGCCUUACGAGAGCUUGUGCUCAGAUCCGAGCUGAAUAUCGACCAAUUCAGCGUCGCAAGGCCAAACUUUCCCUGGAUUUUGCAGACCUUGAUGAGUUUACUGGAACCUUUCUCACUUCAGCCGCGGACACGAUGAUUCUUCCUCUUGAGCUUCACGUCCGGGUAUCUCUCAGCGAGUCAGGAUGGACUCUGAAUUUCGACUCACUAUCAGUUCUCAAAGUCAAAGCCGAGAACCCCCGCUUAGACAUCAGGAUCGUGCCCACUACUAUCCCAGAGGGGUGGCGAUCUAACCAUGGUGGCCAGCAUGAUGCGGCUGAUCUAGCGACAAUUGCCUCGAUGCAAGCACAGGACCUGAAUUCGCUGCUCCUUCACUCAAACAAGGACUGGCAUGCGUGUAUCAACAGCGGCUUCAUUGGCCAAGUCUACAUAGAGAUGGAAAUCGGGUUGACACGGGUUCAGAUCGUCUUCAUAGGUUUGCUUGAUUACAGAGACUGGCCAAGAACACAGAGAGGCUUCGAGGAGUGGCGUAUCUCUCAUGGCCUGCAGACUCCGGCAUCGCUUAGUCACAGCAUCGACUUUACCUUUCUUCACUACGGGUGA